UAAGCAAACCAGUCGUCUCCCCCAGUGGGCCUCAUAUAGUGGUUCCCAAUGGACAGAAGCUGGAGCUGCAUUGCCAUGACAAUGCCACAGCGUCUGGUGCCCCGUCCUCAUUAAGGUGGCAGUGGGAGAAGUCCCGCCGGUUGGACGAAGAGGUGAAUGAGGAUGGGGUGGUUUCUGUCCGGGUGUCGGCGGUGCAGCCCUACUACAUGGGUCGUUAUGUGUGCGUCAACAACAACACUCUAGAACACAGCUCCAUCUACGUUUAUGUGAAAGACCCCCUGAAUGCCUUCCAGCGCACCAUCGUGAACCACAUUCUGGUGAAAGCAGGGGACAAUUGCAUCAUCCCCUGUUUGGUGACCGACCCGGAGGUCACCAGCCUGAAACUGGAGACCUGCAACGGGAGGCCAUUACCCUCCGGAAUGAAGUACCACAGCAACCAACAGCGAGGCGUCAACAUCAGCAACGCCAGAGAGGAAUACGAGGGCUGUUACGUGUGUGUGGGACAGCUCGGCGCCGUCAAAGUCAAGUCCGGCGAGUACACCAUGGACGUUCAGCUUGUGCCAACGGAGCGCCCAGUGAUCACUCUGUCCCAAAAAGACACCAUUAUCCUGAGGACAGGAGAGCGCUUUGAGCUCACCUGCAGCUCCACCAAUGUCAACCCGGACUUUUCUCUUAAGUGGGACGUCCCUCUAACAGCGCGUCCGGGCAAAUCCCAGAACUCCCACAUCUUGUCCGGCUCCCGAGGAUUCAGACGUUCAACCUCGCUCUUGAUAGCGGCUGUCAACACAUCAGAUUCAGGCACUUACCGCUGCCACGCCCAGAAUGAAAGAGGUGACAGUGACGCUGCAAUGCAGCUGGUCGUACGCAGCCUUGGGUUCAUUUCAAUGUUAGGAAGUCCUGGUCCGGUCCAGGCGGAUGUUAGAGAAGGAGAGAGCCUGAGCCUCAGAGUGGAGUUUGAUGCCUAUCCUGCCCCACGCUCCCUGUCCUGGUCUUACAAAGGAGAGCGCCUCCUCAACACUACUGAGCACGUUAUCAUCAUUCACCACCGUAAAUACAGACACAUCAGUGAGCUGAGACUGGUCAGGGUUCUUGGCACAGAAGGCGGGAUCUACAAGUUUUCGGCCAAUCAUGAGGAUGCCUCCAUUGAUUAUUUCUUCCACGUAUAUGUCAGCAGUAAGCCUGUUAUUGUUGCCCAUGAAGGCCCUGUUGAUGGACAGGUACGAUGCAUCGCUGCAGGUUAUCCAGUUCCUAAAAUCAGUUGGUACUUCUGCGAACAGCCCCGCACGAGGUGCUCACGUCUGCCCAACGCCACCCAAUGGGAGACACCAGAGGUGGCCAUGCUGUCUGAGUCCGCCUUUGGCAGGACUCGGGUGGAGAGCCGUCUGAAUGUGAGCAAGGAGCACGCUCAGUACCACACCCUGGAGUGUGUGGCCUCUACGGAGGGAGAGGAGGCCUACACGCUGUUCUCCAUCAGUGAGCGGAUUGUCACCCAUAAACUCUUCACACCUCUUCUAACUGGCAUGGUGACUACCGGUGUCAUCCUCAUCCUCAUUCUAGUUGUGCUCUUUUAUAAGUACAUGCAGAAACCAAAGUUUCAAAUCCAGUGGAAAGUCAUUGAGAGCAUCAAUGGGAACAACUACAUCUACAUCGACCCCCUCCAGCUGCCGUAUGACAUCAAAUGGGAGUUUCCCAGACAGAAGCUUCGCUUUGGUAAAACUCUGGGCGCGGGGGCUUUUGGGAAGGUGGUAAGAGCCACAGCGUAUGGGCUGUGCUCUGCAGAUACAGUGACCACCGUCGCUGUUAAGAUGCUAAAACCUAACGCUCAUUCCACCGAGAAGGAAGCGCUGAUGUCAGAGCUGAAGGUUCUCAGUUACCUUGGAAAUCAUGUGAACAUCGUGAACCUGCUGGGAGCCUGUACUAUUGGAGGCCCAAUUUUAGUGAUCACGGAGUACUGUUGCUAUGGCGACCUGCUCAACUUCCUUCGAAAGAAACGAGAGUCCUUCCUAAACUCCCAGGCUGGGGACGAUCACUAUCGCAACGUCUCGAUCCAAUCGGAGCCAACCAGCAGAGAAGUGACCGGUACAGGAUAUAUACCCAUGCGUCCAUCUGAGAAGGAACGGUCCUCUCAGUCAGACGAAAUAGACGAGCUGUCUCUGGACGCUGAAGAUCUCCUCAGCUUUUCUUACCAGGUGGCCAAAGGGAUGGAGUACAUUACAUCCAAGAACUGCAUCCACAGGGAUCUCGCAGCCAGGAACGUUCUGCUGACCCACGGCAGGGUGGCCAAGAUCUGCGACUUCGGCUUGGCACGUGACAUCACCACUGACGCCAGUUAUGUGCUGCGGGGAAAUGCUCGUCUACCGGUCAAAUGGAUGUCUCCGGAGAGUAUUUUCGACUGUGUCUACACCUUCGAGAGUGACGUGUGGUCCUAUGGCAUCCUGCUCUGGGAAAUCUUCUCACUGGGAAAUAGCCCAUACCCAGGGAUGCAGGUGGGAUCUGCGUUUUAUAGGAUGAUUCAAGAAGGUCACAGGAUGAGCAGGCCCGAGUUUGCUCCCACAGAGAUGUACGACAUGAUGCUGUCCUGCUGGAACCACGACCCGGUGAAAAGGCCUUCCUUUAGAAAACUGGUGGAGAAAACUGAACUGCUGCUCUCUGAAAAUACCAAGAAUGUGUAUCUGAGGCUGAGCAACCCUCCAGGUGCUUCAGAGCAGCAGAGGGCACCAUCGCGGAGGCUGAGCUCAGUCUGCAGCACCACGGCCCCAACGCAGCCUCUGCUGCAAAAUACAUCUGAUGUCUUCCUGGACUACGUUUAACACACACACUCUCAUCCUUUCACUACAACCGCGCGCACACACACACGGCCCCAUUUUGAACAGCAUUAUCCUUUCAAAGUAAAUCCCAAAUGGUGGCCCUCCUGCAGCUCACACGCUGUACACACGAGCACUCAGCCUCUAACGGCUCGCGGUAUCGAUCUCUGCGGUAGGUAUUUCAGGUGCACGUCUAUAUAAAGCAGACUCCAGCACUAACGGGCCAUCAGAUACAUCAUCACCCAUCAGCAGUGGGAGGAGCGUUGGCUCACACUUAGCCUUAGAUUACAUCUUAAGAUGCUUUGGGGACAAAUAAAGCCUGAAAGUACAUGUACAUAUAUGACGAAGAGGAGACGAUGUCUGAGUGAGGAAUAAAUGAGCAGCGUUCGUUACUGCAGAUCACAUUUUGUGUAAGAGUUGCUUCACAUUGUACAGGAUUGGAUUUAAGAUUUUGGGUGAUAUAAAUGUUUUUUUUUCCCUUUUCUUCUUUAUCACUCUCUUGGCAAAAAUAUUCCCCAAAAUAAUAAAUCCUGAGCUGGUCAUUUUCACUGGUUAAGUAAGAGAUUGUUGUUUUUUUUUUAAAUAGGCCUUUGAACAGUGUCUUUCAAAAGAAACCGAUGAGCCAUAAAAGCAGCAUGCAAGCAGUUAUCCAGAAGAGAAAUCAACUUAAAGCCAUACGUCACGCAAACACUGAUUCCCACCUGCGUGCUGUAGCUUCAAAUACUGUGAAUAACUGGUUUAUUGCUGUAUAAAUAUAUAUCAUGGAUUAUCCCUUUAGCAAAGGCCAAGACUUUAGGACUGACUGUGUGCUUUUUGUUGUCAUGUGUAUGCAAUGUAAAUAUAAUAGAAAUGUGCCUUUAGAUGUGUUUUUUUUUAACACUGAAUGCAUUAUUUCCUGACUGUUAGUGUGUUAAUGUGGGGAAGAUGGGCGUAAGAGAAACUCCACACUAUGGUUUUGAGAUACUUGCAGUUUUGAUACAGCUGGUUGACUUGUAAUAUUAAAGAAAGCACCUGUGAUGGUAAAAACA